UCACUCAACAGCGAGAACUGGACGAAGACAUCGGCACCGGGCAAUACUCAUAGUUUGGAUUAAAGGCUCUAUUUUGAGGCUCCGGCAAUAGAAAAUGACGGAGUCUUCGGUGAUCAGAUUUAUUUGCGACAAAAGUGGGGCGAUGGAUUACGGAGAUCUAGUCGACACUGGUUCUGGGCUUGACACGGUCUUACAAAACGAUAAUUUUUCCGUUGUUACAGUUAAUAGAAACAAACGAGUUGUCGUUAAGACUAAUGUAAGACUGUGUAAAGCCAGAGACUGCACUGACUGCCCCAAUUUGCACCUGUGCAAAUUCUACCUUUACGGAGACUGUAAGAGGCGAGGGUGCCGCUUUUGCCAUGACAUGAACUCGGAGCACAACGCUCGAGUCCUGCGAGACAACAGUCUGCAGGAACUGGACAGGAACCAACUCCGUACCCUGCUGCUUCAGAACGACAGCACCCUCUUACCGCCGGUGUGCGUCUCGUACAACAAAGGCGAUGGGGCGUACGGAAACUGCCCAGACCAGGAGAGCUGCUGGCGGCUGCACAUCUGUGACCGCUACCUCAGAGGAGCCUGUCAGGCCGAGGCCAACUGCCGCAGGUCACAUGACUUCUUCGAGCCCCACCCACAGAAAACCCUGCAGGAGAGAGGCGUGCCCAGCAAGCUGAUUGGCUCCAUGCUGUUCGUCUACCAGAAUAUCCAGGCCUUGAAGAACAGCAGCAGCAGAAGACAACAAGAAAAGACCGAGAUCUGUAUUUACUUUGUCAAGCAGGGCAGCUGCAGACAAGGAGACAGAUGCUGGAGAGAGCACUCCACCAUGCCAUAUAAAUGGGAGGUGAGAAAUGGAGACAGCUGGACGGCUCUCCCAGACAACGAAGAGAUCGAGAGAGACUUCUGCGACCCCAGCAAUGUGGACAGCCGAGGAGUCCAGCCUGUUUAUUUUGACACCAUGACCCGCGGACCGACCCAGGUCCGGCGUCUCUCCACGGUCUCCUCUGUGGUUCAGCCCAACUUCAACCUCACCACCACCUGGGCCUGGUUCUGGCAGGACGAGCACAACAAUUGGAUCCAGUACUCCUCAGUGGAAGGGCAGCACGGACUCUCCUCCAUCACGAGUGAGGACCUGGAGAGGAAGUACCAGGAGGACAGCCGUGCUGUGAUGGAGUUCACGGCGGGGUCGCAGACCUACAAGCUCAGUUUCCCAGAGAUGAUUCAGACAAACGAACAAUUUGGCACCAAACGGCAGGUGAGGAGACGACCUGUGUUUGUCUCCACAGCGGAUGCUCAGAGAGCCAGGACCAACAGAAACAACAGCUCAGGUAAUAACUUCAAAGCGGUGCCGGGAUACUGGGACAAAUCCAUGUUGCCGGAUACUGGAUACAAGACGAUCCCUCUGCAGGAAUCCUCAGAAGAAUACCAGAAGAUCCUGGCUCUUUUCCAGAAGACGAUGGGGGGACAUAGCAUACACAAGGUCGAGAGGGUCCAGAACCGGGCAUUGUGGGAAGUCUUUCAGUGGCAGCAGGAUCUGAUGAGGAAAAAUGACGCCGGGAGAAAAGUCGAUAAGAGACUGCUGUUCCACGGCACCGACUCCGUCCACGUCGACGCCAUCUGCCAGCAGAACUUUGACUGGAGGCUCUGCGGAACGCACGGAACGGCCUACGGGAAAGGGAGUUACUUUGCUCGAGACGCGAGGUACUCGCACGGCUACACCGGCGCCUCGGGAGUGAGGACCAUGUUUGUGUGCCGGGUGUUGGUCGGCUGCUACACGACAGGAGACUCCAGCUACCUCCGCCCCCCUUCCAAAGACGGCGGGGACUCCAUGUUCUACGACAGCUGCGUGGACAACAUACACGACCCCUCCGUUUUUGUUGUUUUCGAAAAGCACCAGAUUUACCCCGAGUACAUCCUGAAGUACGAUGAAGAUAUGUGGCUUUCCUCCAUGGGAGCCAUGGGAACUGUGUCAACCAUGACCCAAAAUCCCAAAGCCCAGCGCCCAGUCUUUGCCAGCUCUGUGACCCCAAAACCUGUACAAGCUCCGCCCCCAGUCUCUGCCAGCUCCGUGACCCCAAAACCUGUACAAGCUCCGCCCCCAGUCUCUGCCAGCUCUGUGACCCCAAAACCUGUACAAGCUCCGCCCCCAGUCUCUGCCAGCUCUCUGUUUCCAAAACCUGUACCAGCCCCACGCCUUGUCUCUGCCAGCUCUGUGACCCCAAAACCUGUACAAGCUCCGUACCCAGUCUCUGCCAGCUCUCCGUUCCCAACACCUGCACCAGCUCUGCCCCCAGUCUCUGCCAACUCUCUCUGUGACCCCAAAACCUCUACAAGCUCCGCCCCCAGUCUCUGCCAGCUCUGUGACCCCAAAACCUACUCCAACCAGCGCAUCUCCGCCCACAUCGUUCCCUGGAGACGGGUAUUCACCGAGCGCAGCGACAGGAACGUCUUCUCAGAGUGGUUCCACCAGCGCUAUGGAUGGGUCCCGAAAUGA